AUGGGUUGCGGUGCAUCAAAAGUUGAUAAGGAGGGGCAGGCGCGCAACGAUGCCAUCGAGGCUCAGCUCAAGAAGGAUCGCAUGGCCCAGAAGAACGAAAUCAAGAUGCUCCUUCUCGGUGCCGGAGAGUCGGGCAAGUCGACCAUCCUCAAGCAGAUGAAGCUCAUCAACCAUGGCUCCUACUCGAACGAUGAGCGAGAGUCGUACAAGGAAAUCAUCUUCUCCAACACGGUCCAGUCGAUGCGUGUCAUGCUCGACGCCAUGGAGCGACUCGACAUCCCCCUCGCUGACGGCACCAACGCACCCCGUGCCGAGAUUAUCCUCGGCCUCUCCCCCAGCAUCGAGUCGGAUACGCUGCCGAGGGACGUCGCUGACGCCAUCCACGGUCUUUGGGCUGACGAAGGAGUGCAGGCGUGUUUCGCGAGGAGUCGCGAGUACCAGCUCAACGACUCGGCGAAGUACUACUUUGACUCGAUUCAGCGCAUGGCUGAGCCCAACUACAUGCCAACAGAUCAGGAUGUGCUGCGCUCGCGUGUCAAGACCACCGGCAUCACCGAGACACAUUUCCAGAUCGGCGAGCUCAACUACAAGCUCUUUGACGUCGGUGGACAGCGAUCAGAACGAAAGAAGUGGAUCCACUGCUUCGAGAACGUCACCGCCAUCAUCUUCCUUGUCGCCAUCUCCGAAUACGACCAGUUGCUGUACGAGGACGAAAACGUCAACCGCAUGCAGGAGGCACUCACGCUCUUUGACAGCAUCUGCAAUUCGCGAUGGUUCGUCAAGACGUCCAUCAUCCUCUUCCUCAACAAAAUCGACCUGUUCAAGCAGAAGCUGCCCAUCUCGCCCAUGGCUGACUACUUCUCCGACUACACGGGCGGUGCCGACUACAACGCUGCGUGCGAGUACAUUGUCAACCGUUUCGUCAGUCUCAACCAGAGCGAUGCCAAGACGAUCUACACCCACUUCACCUGCGCCACGGAUACGAGCCAGAUCAAGUUCGUCAUGUCGGCCGUCAACGACAUCAUCAUCCAGGUCAAUCUGCGCGACUGCGGUCUGCUCUGA